AGUUGGAUUCGCGACGUUGUUGAGGUAAGACCAGCUUAACCAUCGCGGGCUAGGUGCCUCAGAAAGUGCGAGGUGUGAUACCAAAAAGAAAUUAUUAAGUGGAAAUGAAAAAAAUGCCGCGACGCACGACAAAGACCAUGAGUAAAAGUGACCAAGUGACUCCAAGCUCUGUUCAAUAUUCAGUGAUAGUGAUGUUGUUUUUGCUCAUCAAUUUCACCGAAAAUGUUUCAUGUGGCGGAAAUCUCACGAAACGGAGCCUCAAGAAUACUAUUUCCUGCAUUGAAGACGGUCGUUUCUAUCGUAACCCAGAACGUCCGGUACAUAAGAUGUGGUCAAAUGCAGAAUGUUCCAAGUACUACUUAUGCCUCGAGGGUGAAGUGUUUGAGUUCAAGUGUUCCGUUGGACUUCUCUUUGACGUCACUCGACAGAUUUGCGACUUCAAGAGCAAUGUCGAUAAUUGUGAUAUAACAGCCGAACCCCAAGUACCAAAACCCCUCCUGGCUGAAGCAAACUGUUCGGACAGGAGUCACCUAGGCUGUGGAGACGGGACCUGUCUGCCGAACGAGUACUUCUGCGACGGAAGCGUUGACUGUCCUGAUGGAUCAGACGAAGGCUGGUGCGAUGUAAGCAAUGACCCAAAUGCUGCAUCAACCUGCGAUUUAUCCACCUGUCAACUUCCCGAAUGCUUCUGCUCAAAAGAUGGAACAAUCAUCCCAGGACGCUUGGAUCCCAAUCAAGUGCCCCAGAUGAUUCUACUAACUUUCGACGAUGCCAUCAACUUUGAGAAUUGGGAUCUUUACACCAAAAAGAUCUUCACAGCUGAACGAAAGAAUCCCAACGGAUGCCCGAUAAAGUCCACUUUUUAUAUUUCCCAUCAAUAUACCAACUACCAGCAAGUGCAGAAAAUGUGGAAUGAUGGACAUGAAAUUGCUGUGCACUCAAUAACGCAUCGAGGCCCUGAAGACUGGUGGUCUAGGAAUGCUACAAUUGAGGACUGGUUCGAUGAGAUGGUGGGUCAGGCCAACAUCAUCAACAAGUUCGCGAAUGUGCGAAUGGAGGAUUUAAGAGGUAUCAGAGUGCCAUUUUUGAGAGUCGGAUGGAACAGACAAUUUCUAAUGAUGAAGGAGUUUGGAUUUGAGUAUGAUUCAUCAAUGGUGGCACCCUUUUCAAACCCACCACUCUGGCCAUAUACCCUGGACCACAAAAUGCCCCACACUUGCAUGGGCAGCAACCAAAACUGUCCCUCAAGGAGUUAUGCUGGAAUCUGGGAAGUAGUGAUGAACCAACUGGAAGCUGGAGAGUAUACUUGUGGAAUGGUAGACACUUGUCCACCAAACAUGAAUGGCGAAGAGAUGUACAAAAUGUUUACGCACAACUUUAAGAGACACUACCUCACCAACAGAGCUCCACUUGGGCUCUUUUUCCAUACCACUUGGUUCCGCAAUAAUGAUUACAAGGAUGCUUUUAUGCAUUUCCUGGAUGAUAUGCGGAAAAUGCCUGAUGUAUACUUUGUUACAACACACGAGGCCAUCGAAUGGAUCCGUAAUCCAACUCCUCUCAAUCAGAUAAACCAAUUUGAGCCAUGGAGUUGCAAAGGUCGUCAGCUGCAACCACAUGAAAUUGCAUGCAACUUACCUAACAUCUGCAAGCUCCACAGUCGCGUACUUCAGCAGGAUCGGUAUCUGUACACAUGCAACGAAUGCCCAGCUCAGUAUCCGUGGCUGAGGAAUGAAUUCGGCUUGGAUUGAUACCCAUACCGCUGGCCAGAUUCAGCUCAUUUUCCCACUGAACGCUCUGUUGAACGCCAAGGAAUGCUCCCUCACUGCAAAGGGCAAUGGUACGGGGGCAAAUGUUAUUUAUGCUGCAUAAUAUUAUCUCGCAUUCUCCUGCAUGAGGACACACUUUCCAGUAUUUAAGAAUAAAAAGAGAACAAACUGUA